UGAAGCAUCCAGCCUGCCGAACAAGCUUGCUUUUAGGGUCAGGAACUGGUCUGACAAGAGAAUGGCAAUCCUGCCUUUAAACUGUCAUUAGGACUGUACGGUUGACGAUGAAUCUACCAGAGCUCCGGGCUCAAAGACGAAACACUGAGCAAGAGAAUGUGAAGACAUAUUUCAGGACAUUGUGAGUGCUACUAAAGAUGUCUGAUAGUGUCGAUAUUGAAGAGAAACCACCAGCCCCCCCCUUGAGAAUGAACAGUAGUUCCCGAGACUCUUCAUUGUUGAAUCACGCCUCUAAACCGCUUCCAAUGGCUCCUGAAGAGAAAAACAAGAAGGUCCGCCUGCGCUCCAUCUUCCCCGGGGGAGACAAGACAAACAAGAAAAAGGAGAAGGAACGCCCUGAGAUAUCCCUACCUUCAGACUUUGAACACACCAUUCAUGUUGGCUUUGAUGCUGUAACAGGAGAAUUCACAGGUAUCCCAGAGCAGUGGGCACGGCUCCUACAGACCUCGAACAUCACUAAACUGGAGCAGAAGAAGAACCCACAGGCUGUGUUGGACGUCUUAAAGUUCUACGACUCCAAAGAGACUGUCAACAACCAGAAGUACAUGAGCUUCACCUCGGGAGACAAGUCGGCACAUGGGUACAUAGCAGCAAACACUCUGAACCGACUGCUGUCAUCUGGGCCUCCUGUCAGCCUUAGAACCUGCAGCGCAUUAUUUGACAAGGCUGCCAAAACAUCAUCAUCAGAGCCUCCAAUCGCCCCACCUGUGUCAGAAGAGGAGGAUGAGGAAGAAGAGGAAGAAGAAGAGGAGGAGGAAGAAGAGGAUGAUGACGAUGAACUUCCUCCAGUCAUUGCGCCUCGGCCGGAGCACACCAAAUCUAUCUACACGCGUUCCGUCAUGGACCCACCAAAGCCUCCAACCCCAGUCAAAGAAGUGUUGACUCCUCCGGAGUCACAGGUUCAACCGGAGAACACGUCCAACACAAUGUAUCGCCACACUGACCGCCAGAGGAAGAAGUCUAAAAUGACAGAUGAGGAGAUUCUGGAGAGACUCAGGAGUAUUGUGAGCGUGGGGGAUCCCAAAAAGAAGUACACACGCUUCGAGAAAAUAGGACAAGGAGCGUCCGGCACUGUGUACACCGCCAUCGAUAUAGCAACCGGCCAAGAGGUGGCCAUCAAGCAGAUGAACCUGCAGCAGCAACCCAAGAAAGAACUGAUCAUCAAUGAGAUCUUGGUGAUGAGGGAAAACAAAAACUCCAAUAUAGUGAACUACCUGGACAGUUACUUGGUAGGAGAUGAGCUAUGGGUGGUGAUGGAGUAUUUGGCCGGUGGUUCGUUGACAGAUGUAGUGACUGAGACCUGCAUGGACGAGGGCCAGAUUGCUGCAGUCUGCAGAGAGUGUCUUCAAGCCCUGGACUUCUUACACUCCAACCAGGUGAUCCAUAGAGAUAUAAAAAGUGACAACAUCCUCUUGGGUAUGGACGGAUCUGUCAAGCUCACCGACUUCGGCUUCUGUGCCCAGAUCACUCCAGAGCAGAACAAGCGCAGCACAAUGGUGGGAACGCCCUACUGGAUGGCACCAGAGGUGGUAACUCGGAAGGCUUAUGGCCCAAAAGUGGAUAUCUGGUCUCUGGGAAUCAUGGCAAUAGAGAUGGUGGAGGGAGAACCGCCCUACCUGAAUGAGAAUCCACUCAGGGCACUGUACCUGAUAGCUACCAACGGGACUCCAGAGCUGCAGAACCCAGAGAGGCUGUCAUCUGUGUUCAGGGACUUCCUCAAUCGCUGUCUGGAGAUGGAUGUGGACCGCAGAGGCUCCGCCAAGGAGCUGCUCCAGCAUUCCUUCCUCAAGCUGGCAAAGCCUCUAUCCAGCCUGACGCCUCUGAUUGUAGCUGCAAAGGAAGCCAUAAAGAACAGCAGUCGCUAGGGUGUGCCCUCUGUCCCCACCUGAGGCUGGAGCCCUGCCUGUGAUGUGUGCGUUCAUGGGGGCAGGGGCUUGGGUGUAUGGGUGGUGGGUGACGUGACAGUGACAGCACAAGGAGGGGGGUUUGUGUGACAUACAGUGACAGCACAAGGACAAAAGACCCCCAGGCCUCAUAUGUAGGAUGGACAUCUGGCCUUGCAGCCUCUUGGCCAAUGCUGCUGAACAGACCUUGCCUCCUCGUUUACUUCUCCAGCAAUCUGUACAUGUAGAGCAGUCCAUCACAAGUAUGUGUGUGCGAGUGUGGGUGUGUGUGUGUGUUCAAACUGUGCACAUCUCUUUGUGUCAUAUGUCUUGUUUGGCAGCAGUCGCUCUCCAAACUAAGAAAAAAUCGUAAAGAAAAUGUGCUCAUUUUCAAGAAGAAACGUCAGGAGCUAAGAGGAGUAACUGACGAAACUGAAGAGCCUGUGACUCCUCCCCUGUCCAGCUUUAGGCUUUUCUUUCCUGUAGUCCCUCCAUGGAGCACAAUCAGGCCACACUUGCACCUGCAGUGACCAGCUGAUGUGAGAGAGUGACUCUGGGACCCAAUCUUUGCCUGCAUGACUAUGGCUCUGUGGAGAAACAUUGCUACUCCUCUGCGGAUUGUCACAAGGUGGCGUAUUUAUGUGUAUGUGUGUGCGAGUGAAUGUGUGUAGGGGUGCAGCUACAGGGGAAACAUUCAAGAAUAAUUUCACAUGACCUAUGCCAGCUUUAAACAUCUUUCAUUAAUCCGCUUCACAUUGGUGAAGAGAUACGGGUCUCUUAUUUCAUUUGAGCCCACUUCUCUCAGUGUCUGUCAUAGAGUCACUGGAGUUCAGGUUAUCUGCAGAUCAUUUGCAGGUUUUCUCUCUAAAACUGACUACAUGUUAUCAGCUUUAAUGCUCUGAAUAUUUAAAAAUACUGAAACACUAUUAGGGCACAAUUUGUCUACAUAAAACAUUAAAUUUAACCAGAACUAUAAUGUGAUCCAGCUGUAGAUCAUAGAAGCAAAUAUUUGAUUCUAAAUAUAUAAUAGAGGAAAGUUAAUACAUAUUCAGUUGUUUUGGUGGUCAUUUUUGUGAUGUAGUUAGAGACACUUGCACUGACAUGUAGAUGAUGUGUCGCACACCUAAAUCACUCGGGAAAAUAUUAGAAUUACUAUAAAAUGGUACCAGCUGCAUUGUCCAAUGUGAAAAAUUCUGCAAAUCGUUCUUAAAUGCAUUCAUACAUAAUACAUACUGUAGCAUUCGGUGUGUAAAAGCAUCUCAAAUAGGAUUAUUCAUAGAUAUUCAGUAUGUGUGUCUUAAUGAAUGUCAAUCCCUGCUUUUUAUCAGGCAAUUAAGUACGAAAUACUGUAGAAGUAAAAACAAAUUCUAAAUCAGAGACUCAACAGAAAUAUAAAUGCUUUCAUUUAAAUAUCUAUAUUUGACGAGGGAUUUUCCUUUUUGAGCUGCUGGCACACAGUGGAUUGACAUUUCAGCCUUUAUUCUAAAACUGUGGCAAACAGAAGGUCAUGUAAUUAUUUACCUACAGAGAGUUGGAGGUCUAGUGCCACACUUUGUCACAGUUUCUAAUAGUGCCCCAAGCAUCCCUGUGACCUUAAACCCUUAGCAGGAAAGAUGCCUGUGAUAAAAAAAAACAUGCAAACAUAGGUCAAAAUGGCAAACACAUGGAGGGAGAAAGACAUUUUCUUCGUCAUGUAAUUGAUCAGUUAUUUAAUCAGCUAUUUGUGCUGACUUAAAAUGAUUUUCCCUUUGAGAGAGAUCUAAACUUUAAAGUAUGAAAGGAAAUGUAAUAUGCAGAUAAAAGAAGUAACUUCAGUUUAAAUGUGAUGAAAGUGAUGAUGAUUCCUCAUUAUUAAGUCUUCUUAUAUUGCAGAAUACAUUAUAUAACUGUGAUGUUUGGAUUAAGUGCUAACCAAAAUCCUGGCCUGCCUGUUCAGGUGAAAAUACUGAAUAUACAUGGAUAUUCACGUCUUAUGAGGCACCAGUUGUCCUCCUCGCCCACCCUCAUCCCCUCUCUGUCCUCUCUUUUGGUAUUUAAGAUGCUGCUCAUUCAUGCUUCAGUGUCCUUUUGUCUUUUAAUGGUGUCUUAUGUGACUUUCUUUCAUAUGCUCUAUUCUUUUUGAAGUGGCGUUUUUGGAACGUGUGGCGGAUUAGAGAGGGGGAAUGUUAUCCACUGAGCGAAGUACCAAGUGCCAUUUUAUGAUUGUACCUUGUCCUGAUGAGCACUGAAAACAGAAACUGAAGUAGAGGCUCAUAUUGUUUGCUUACAGUCCUUCCAUACAUGGUUAGCGUUUAAACUCAUUCCUGUACAGAAGUUAUCUUGUGUUGGUGUGUUGUGUGGUAGCUUUGUCAGGCAUUUCCCGUGUAGCAUCCCUCCGUGUGUGAGUGGUGUGUGUUUGUGUGUGUUAGGGGGCUACCUCAAUCUGCACUAGAAGAUGCCUCACUCGUGUUGUCCACCUUAACUUUGAGGUGCAGGGUAGCUGCUUAGUCAUAUUGUACCUCCAUUGUACAGCAAAUGUACAGAAGAUGAAGGAGUGAAUUUAGACAGGAGGAUGCAACAGAACUCAUGCAUGUAAAACAAACUAUACACUGUAUCUCAUCUUCAAAUAGGUUAAGAUUGUUAGGAUAUGUAUGUAUGUAUGUAAAUAUGAUGGGAGAAAACCCCUUUUUUCAGAAUUAUGUAACUUAAAAUGACAAUAUUCAGGUUGCUCUAUGGUAUGUAUCAAUAAAUGUUUUGCACCCUGGAAAAUCAAAAAAGACAAAAACAAACACACACACGCUGUCUCUGCACUCCUGGAUCCAGCUCUCCUGUUUGGGCUUUAUCGGACACUCCUUCAUCUGGACAGAGAGCCGAUGGAUGCAGCACUCUGUGUGCGGGCCCACACAGUCUGUCCUGAGUACCACUGCUGGGUGUUAGAACAUGUAUGUGUGUGUGCGGUAGGUGUGGCUGGCCUGUCAGGAAGCUCCUCGGGCCCUGGGACGUUUGGCCUUUGCCCCAUGUACAGGUCUGAACUAUGAGCACAAAGGUGAAUUUCGGGACGAGAGACACUGCUGACGUGCCCCUUUUCUGUGGUUGCUCCUGUACAUUCCUAUCUUCUGAAUGUGUAAACCUGUACACGUGGUGUGAAAAUUCCUCUAUUAAUGUGUAUCAAGAGAAUGGAACAAAGACAAAAAAUGUUACUUUUUAAAUUAUUAUUAUCAUUAUUAUUAUUAUUACUCUUAUUAUUGUCUAGCUUUGUAAAACUGCUGAUCCAUCUGGCAUACCUCAGCAGGCCCUUCCCCAUCUUUGAAAAAGGACAAAUGAGUGACGGGGAAAUGAGGUUUUGGAUAAACUAUUUUUAAUUGUGGUUGAAGCAAUAGACUUUUUGAACUUUGAAUUGUGCAUGGCUGUGUCUUGAGUGUAAAAAAACAAAAUAUUGCAGUUUGGGAACUGGACUGAAAUAAAAGAGGAAGAAAACCAGA